UUAUCUCCGGCGGGAGCAGCCCCUCCUGCAUAAAUAGCAGCCGUGGGGAAGCAGCGGGCUCACACCGGACGAGCAGCAGCAGAGCGGUGGCAGGAGAGCGCUGGUUCAGCCCGAAGAUGAGAGUCGUGGUGGUGACCCUCGCCCUGCUCUUCCUGACGGGCACCCAGGCCCGCUACUUCUGGCAGCACGAUGAGCCCCAGGCUCCCCUGGACCGCAUCAAGGACCUGGUGGAAGUCUACCUGGAGACCGUGAAGGCCAGCGGCAAGGAUGCCAUCGCCCAGUUCGAGGCCUCUGCCGUGGGCAAACACCUCGCCCUGAAGCUGGCCGACAACCUGGACACGCUGGGCGCCGCCGCCGCCAAGCUGCGGGAGGACAUGGCCCCCUACUACAAGGAGGUGCGGGAGAUGUGGCUGAAGGACACCGAGAGCCUGCGCGCGGAGCUGACCAAGGACCUGGAGGAGGUGAAGGAGAAGAUCCGGCCCUUCCUGGACCAGUUCUCCACCAAGUGGACGGAGGAGCUGGAGCAGUACCGCCAGCGCCUGGCACCCGUGGCCCAGGAGCUGAAGGAGCUCACCAAGCAGAAGGUGGAGCUGAUGCAGCAGAAGCUGACCCCGGUGGCUGAGGAGGCGCGGGACCGCCUGCGCGGGCACGUGGAGGAGCUGCGCAAGAACCUGGCGCCCUACAGCGACGAGCUGCGGCAGAAGCUGAGCCAGAAGCUGGAGGAGAUCCGGGAGAAGGGCAUCCCCCAGGCCGCCGAGUACCAGGCCAAGGUGGUGGAGCAGCUCAGCAACUUGCGCGAGAAGAUGACCCCCCUGGUGCAGGACUUCAAGGAGCGCCUCACCCCCUACGCCGAGAGCCUCAAGACCCGCUUCAUCUCCCUCCUGGACGAACUCCAGAAGACCGUGGCCUGAGCGGCCGGCUGGCGCGGCCAGGGACGGACCCCGUCCCGCUCCCGCAGUGCCCCCGCUGCCGCCCCCGCUCUGCCCGGGCUGCCCGGCACCCGGGGUGGCCGAGGGGACCGGCUCCGGGGGCCCUGGGCCAAGCCGGCCCCGGGGAGCCCCCCCGGGGACCUCCUCCUCGCACACCCCCUUCCCUCCCCGAACCGGAGUCUGUCUCAGCUUCGCCUCUCUUUUAUCAAAUAAACACGACUUAAGUUAUUGGAGCUCA